AUGUUCGCGCCAGUGCUACGACUCACAAAAGCACUCAAGCCACAAACUGUUGCAUUAAGUGCGACACUUGUGUUUGCGGGUAUAGCUGGCGGCGCAUACAGUUUUAGAAUAUACAAUCGAUUUAUCCGAGAAUACCAGACACAUGUUCGACAAGAGAUAGGUGUGACUGACUCACUCAACGACUCAAACAUAGUCCGCACCCUAAUCAACCCUCACAACCAUGUUGCCUUAGGAGACUCUUGCUCAAUCGUUUUGACAACGCACUCAGAGCAAGAGGCACCAUCAGACGAGGCUAUCUUAUCUGCGCUUGUGAAAGGCUUUUUCUCAGGUCCAGUUUUCAUGCCAGAAAGAAUUGCACUUCGACUAUUAGGACUUCGAUUCGUUAAAUUUGAAGGCUUGGCACCGACGACACAGCUCAUCUGGAAUACUUCACAGCUAUCCAGUAAUCAGCUUCCCGCAAAAACAGCAAUUUUAUGGGGAUCUUUCCAAGUCGCCAAUAUUGAGCUAUCGAGCUUUAAAGAUGGAGAUAAUAAAAGUAUAGUUGACAUUGUUUUUGGUAAUAAUCGGGGGCAAUUCGCUGGUUGCCAUCGAUUUUCCAUCAAGCGUGUGGAGGAAAAUCCUCAUGCUCAUAAACAGCCUGCACAGCUUCAUAUACAGUUGGAGAGCAUUGUCUGCAAUCCAACCGUUAAUAAGCCGAUUGCGAUUAGUUUCCUUGAAGGGUUUCACAACAAAUACUCCAACAUGCUUUUUGGGGAUUCUGUCGCGGAGGCAAAGGACCGGCUAAGCCUUAGCAAUGCGUAA